AUGGUGUUUAUUAAGAAAAUCCUUUUAAAGGGAUUCAAGAGUUACCAAGAACAACUUGACUUUGACGACUUUGAUCCCCAUUAUAAUAUAGUUGUUGGCAAGAACGGUUCCGGCAAAUCGAACUUUUACGACGCAAUCCGGUUUGUCCUUUGUGACGAAAAGUUUGGGAACCUUCGUGCUGGCGAUCGACAAUUUUUGCUUCACGAAGGGAGUGGGGAGAGUGUAGUUUCCGCGUACGUUGAAGUCAUUUUUGAUAAUAGCGAUCGUCGCUUUAUGGUCGAAAAGGAUGAAGUAUCAGUGAAGCGGUGUAUUGGUCUUCAGAAAGAUGAGUACUUUCUUAAUGACAAAAAGGUGAAGAAGGAAGAAGUUAUGAAUCUUCUAGAGAGUGCUGGGUUUAGUCGUUCGAAUCCAUAUUACAUAGUGCAGCAGAAUCGCGUGAAUUCCCUUGCGAUGAUGAAAGACUCCGAACGCCUUGAUUUACUUCGAGAAAUAGCAGGUACUCGUGUGUACGAUGAGAGACGUGAAGAGAGUUUUAGCAUGUUAAAAGAGAACGCCAACAAAAUAGAUCAGAUUGAGGAAGUCAUGAAUUACAUCAAGGAGAGACUAACCGAACUCAAAGACGAGCAACAAGAACUCGAUGAAUACGAGAAGUUGGAUAAACAGCGGAAAGGCAUUGAGCGAGCAUUAGUCGUGAAAAAGAUCAACUCAUUAAACACCGAAUUAGAGAAGAAUGAAAACGACAGAAAGAAACAACAACGAAAAAUGGAGGGGGACAGAGAAGGCGAACUCCGCGAAGUGAAACGAGCACGAGAGGCGUUAACUGAAGAAGUUUCUAUAUUAGAACAAAAGAGGACAAUCAUGUCUUCUCAAGCAGAAGAUGCGGCAAAGAUGAAAGAAGAAGCUGAUGAACUUGUUCGAUGCGGAAAGGAGUUAACUGCCCUUCAAAAUGAGUUGAAUCACCAAAAACAAAGAGCAGAAGACUUGAAAGGAAAGAUUUCUGGCAUCAAUGCGGAGGAAAAGGACUUGAAUGACACACUACUUGAAAAACAAAGAAACAUGUCAAAAGCUCAAGCGCUUGUCGACGAGUUUUACAACAAAAUUGGGAGGAAAGCAAAGUACUCGAGUGAUGAAGAGUACAAGAACGCAAUUCAAAAUGAAAUCGACGAGCUCCAAAAAUUUGUGACAAACAAAGAAGAGGAGAUGAAGAAGAUGAAACAAGAAAUUGUGGAAUUAAAAACAACAAACAUGACACAAAGCCAAAAGGAAAUACAAGGAGUCUUUGUAGUCAAACGGAAGAUGGACGAAUUGAGGAAGAGAAAAGACGAUUUGACUGUGAAAAAGAGACUUGUCGACUCGAAGAUCGUGACCUUUGAAAACACACGACAGACAAUGACAAAAGACUUGUUCAACCUUUAUAAACGAGCUGAAAGCAGUCGAAUCAAGAAGCAGAUCACAAUCGCCGAGUUUUUGAAGAACUACGCCGACGAGAAACGCAUGAAUGAAAGUACUACAAAGUACUUUGGGAUGGUUGCCGAGAACAUUACAUGCAAAGAUGAAUUGUACACUGCAGUUGAGGCAAUUGGAGGGAAUGGGCUGUUUUACUGUCUUGUGGAUACGGACGAGACUGCGAUGAAAUUGAUCGAAGUGUUGGAUGAGAAGAAAAUUGGACGGAUGUCGUUCAUCCCACUGAACCAAGUGAGGGACAAAGACGAGAUGGAGAAUUCCAGUCGUUCUGAAAAUGGGGAGGGUUCUGAGAAUGAGACGAACAAACGACUUAUAAUCAAAGAACUGGAGUUUUCUGAUGAAAUUCGAAAGGGUGUGCAGUUUGUGUUUGGUAAUGCGAUACUCUGUAACACCGCUGAGGAGGCUAUGGAGUAUCAAAAAGAGCACAAGAAUCGAUGUGUAACGAUAGACGGGGAUGUGUUAAGUGGGAAAGGAGUAGUAACUGGUGGGUAUCAAGGUGAAGGGUCACUCAUGGUCCUUCGUCUUAUUGCGGAGACCAAGGUCAAAAUGAUUGAAUUAGAAAAGGACUUUUUGGGAACGGAGAAUGAAAAGAAAUUGAUUGAAAAGCAACAAAAUGAAGUGUUAACGGAGAUGGAAAAGAUGAGUACGGCGAUGGCUGAAGAGGAAGUAUUGUAUGAACGACAACGGAUGGAGAGAAUGAUUGAAAUGAAGAAGGCUGAUCGGGUGCGAGAGGCUAUUCGACAGAAAGAGAAAAGUGUUGAAGAUGCCGACAAGAUGAUAUCGAUGAAUUCGCAAAAGAUACUUCUACUUGAACAAGAGAUGAAGGAGAAGAGUACUGUUGAUAGAAACACGAUAGAAGAAGCCAAAACCGACUUAAAAGAGAAGACGAAUGAAGUCUUGGAGUUAGAAAAGAAGCGCACUGAAAUUGAGAACCGACGACAAGUACUUAGAAAUGAGUAUCAAUUCCAAGUGCUGCAGAAAAUUAGUGAAAUUGAAAAGAGAAUGAAUGGCAUUAAAGGCGGUGGAGAUACGGGUGAUGUUGAAAAGUACAAACAGAUGGUCAAGAAGAGCAUCAGUGACUUGGAAGAGAUCACGAAGGAGAUUGAAACAAAAGUCAAAGAGCAACGAGAGCUUGAGAUCAAAGAAAGAGCACUUGAGGUGGCUAAGAGUAAAGAAGAGAAGGAGGAUAUGGACCGAGAAAAGAAACUUACGCGGCUCUUUGAAAAGCGGACUGUUCUCGAGUCGAAGAAAGGGGAGUGUGAAAAGCGUCUGGAGGAUAUUGGGAAGAUCUAUGACAUCAUUGACGAGAAUGAACUUGACUUGGACGACCAAUUAGAAGAGACGAUGAAGAAGUUGAAAGGGUAUCGCCAUGUGAAUAAGAAAGCGAGAGACCAGUAUAAAGGGUUUAUUGAACAACAGGAGGGUUUGAUGGAUAGGAAGAAUGAGAUAGUCGACACACAACAAACGAUCUAUGACUUGAUCGAGUCACUGGACGAGAAAAAGGAAGAAGCGAUUGAAAGAACGUUCAAGGGAGUGUCGAAAGGGUUCUCUGAGAUUUUCACGAAACUUGUCCCCCUUGGCAAAGCAAGUCUUGUCAUGUUGAAGAAACCAAUCGAAGAGUUAGAUGAGAAGGAACGACUCGCACUUGGUGCGUUCACGCAGUCGCAAACGAUGACUGCGACAAACAACACGAAUACGGAAUCGACACAAAUCCCCAUCAAAAAAAGGAAGGAAAAAACAGAAGUGUACAGUGGCAUAUCCCUGCGAGUCAUUUUCCCUGCGUUUGGAGGCGACGCGAAAACGAUUCAACAACUCUCUGGUGGUCAAAAAACGGUUGUUGCGCUGUCGCUCAUCUUUGCUAUUCAACGGUGCGACCCAGCGCCUUUUUAUUUGUUUGAUGAGAUUGAUUCCAAUUUGGAUAAUGUGUAUAGAACAGCCGUUGCGCAACUGAUCACCGAACAGUCGAAAGAGGCACAAUACGUUGUUACUACAUUUAGACCGGAGUUAAUAGGUCCGGCUAAGAAAUGGUAUGAAAUCAAACACCAAAAUAAGGUGUCUUCCAUUUCAGUGGUGACGAAAGAAGAUGCACUCGAUGUUAUAAAGGAAGACGAAAUUAAUAGGAGCGCCGUUUCGACGCCAUUCCAAACGCCACUGCAGACCCCUAAACAACCCGAGAGCUCGGAACAACUCACCCCAAAUGUCUAA